AUGGGCAUGGUCGUCGACGUCUUGGCUCCCACCGGCCGAGCCGCCCUUCAGCUUCCGUUAGAUAAACUCAAGACUCUGGCCUUCCGAAAGCAUGUCCGGCAGCGUCUCAGGCACACCGAUGUACUCAUCAUCGAUGAGAUCAGCAUGGUCGAGAAUCAUCACCUGCAGCGCAUUAAUGUUUGCAUGAAGGAGGUGAGGCGCUGGAAAGACGAUGAUCCGCCUGCAUUCGGUGGAGUCCAGGUCGUUGUCACCGGCGACUUCUGCCAACUCCCCCCCCGCCGACGAGAAUCAUGGGCCAUUCCACGAGCAUGA